AUCGAACAGUCUUUUAUGUAUAUAGCAUGACUUUGACAAACAUCGAAAUAAAAGAGUCUCAGGUCAAGCUGGAUUCAAAUGAAUCCCGGCAGCAUGACGUAAACGGCGAUACACUAUCAAUUCAGUCAGCUACCGCCGAAGCGUUAGGUACAGAUAUCACUCGCGGAUCGGGUAUAUUCGGAUCAGUCAUGAAUAUGACUAACACUAUUCUCGGUUCAGGAAUCCUGUCCAUUCCAUAUUCCACAGCACAACUUGGGUGGGUCCUUGCGUUGGUGAUCAUGUUUUUGGGUGCAACACUAACAUUGUUCGGACUGCACCUGCUCAAUAGAAUAACAGAUCGUUUGGGAGGUAGAAAAACAUCCUUUGGCGAUGCCUGUCGCCAAUCAUACCCGUGGCUAGUACUCAUGGCCGACUUCGUCGUGUCCAUCACACUCUGGUCAAUAUCAGUUAUAUAUAUGACCAUUGCGUCGAGUAUGCUUCCCGAUGUGAUGCGAGCCUUAGUUGGCGACGAUGUCAGUGCUGAUGUCUUUUACAUGCAGACGUGGUUCUGGCUGCUGAUUUGCUGGGGUUGUUUUGCAGCACCCCUGUCCAUGCUCAAGUCGCUCUGGUUCCUUGCAUACACAUCGUUGUCGGCUUUAGUCUGUGUAAUCUGGACCGCUUUUGUUGUGUUCGCCUAUUGUGUGGGUAUCUUCGAUCCCUGCGACGGAACAACAAAUGAUUGUCAAGGUGAUACGGAGGCAGCUAUCUGGGACUUCGGUGCGAUAAUGCGCGCCUUCCCUGUUUUCGUCCUUGGAUUCUGUGUAGGCCCGGUUCUAUUCAAUAUUUACAACGCAAUGGACCACCAGACUACGAAGCGCAUGGACAUAUCCGCUGGCUGUACCAUCUCACUUUGCACUGUACUGUAUGUGAUCAUUGCCAUCUGUGGCUACUUCACCUAUGGCGCGAAUGUCGAUUCCAACAUUCUUGAUUCCUAUCCUACUUCUGUACCCGCGUCCAUCGCUCGCCUCGGUACGGCAUUUGUAGUCACGGUGUCCUAUCCUUUGCUAAUGCACUCAUCUCGCGACUCCGGGAUGCACGCUAUCGGAACCAUUGUGGCGAUGUGCGGGAAGAAAGAACAGGGCGUUGCUCUUACAGACUGUAGCACCAAAAUAGGAAAUAUUUUGUUCUACAUCAUGACAACCUUCUUGAAUAUUGCUGCAUUUGUAUUUGCAUACUUUCAGAUUGAUAUCAACACGUUGCUGUCAAUUACCGGAGCCGUAGGAAAUGUCAAUCUGAGUUUCACACUACCGGCAGUAAUUUAUUGGAAGAUGUUCGAGGAGGAUGGUAUGACACUUCGCCGUAUGCUCUGCAUACCAUUUAGCAUCUUCGGACUACUUACCAUGUGCAUUAGUUUAUGGGCGAAUUUUUCCUAGGGUUUUUCUACAAGUAGAUCAAUGACAUCAAAUUAAACAAAUAUAAUCUAAUAUUUAACCUCUUCAAUCACACACACACACACACACACACACA